GCGCCGCCUCCGUGGUCCCGAAAGUGCGGAGAUUCGCCCCGAAACCAGCGCCCCACGCGCACACCCGCAGCGGGCGGGUGACGGGGACAUGGCGGCAGGCAGGCACCCAGCCCAGAGCGCUGCCGGCGGCGGCCGCCCUCACACAGAGAGGCCGCAGUGACGCCUCCCCACCCCGAGGCCUCGGGGAUGGACGCGGAGCGCGCUGCCGGCUGGGACAGCGCCGAGGGAGGAGGAGGAGGACUGGGUGACUUCGUGUCUGCCCUUCCUCCCGAGAUCAUCUCCCGGAUUUUCAGUGGGCUGGAUGUCGAGAGCUUGUGCCACGCGUCCGUGACGUGCAAGGUCUGGCACCGCGUCAUCGACAGCAACGAGCGGCUGUGGCGGCACCACUGCCUGGCCGUGCGCGCCGUCUGCCAGCGGGAGAUCGACUGCGACCGAGGGAAUGGCUAUUCCUGGAAGAUUACAUUGUUGAGGAACUACUGGAAAAGCAAAGUGAAGCAAGAAUGGCUUAGUGGGAAAUACAGCAACAUUCCUUCACAAUUCAGUUUGCCAGAGAAAAGCAUGUAUCCAAUGGAUGUCGACACAUGGGGAGAAAUCUUGGAAGCGGAACUUGAGAGAUGAUAAACCAGUGCUGAUUCUUGCAACUCAGACAGCUUUUGCCCAUAGCAGAUACACUGUUCAGCAGUUGUGAAACUGAUUUUGAACUGAUUAUAAAUUUAUGAUGAAAACUUCUCCAAAAAAACGUUAUGGGUGUCUUUUUUAAUUUGCAUUUUACUGUAAUAAUUUUAUGUCACAUUCUAAAAACAACUAAAUAUUCAGCUGUAAUUUAUAUUUAUAAUUGUAAUGUUCUACUGCACUGUCAAAAAUAUGCUGAUUAUAAUUUCAGUUUGCACUUUUUGUUUUGGAAGAGAUGAUUUUUAUAUUAAAAAACCCAAAAAAAAAAAACAACCCACAAAAAAACUCAAAAACCAACCAACCCCCAAAAACCCCCAAGGUGUGUUUGACCUUUCAACAUGAAGUGUAUUGUAUCAGCAGCACAUGAGAGCCCGCAAAGGAAGGCUGGGGAAGGGACAGAUCCAGACACCGGAAAGAAUCCUCUGCGCAGCAACGCUCCGUCCCCCUCCGAGCCGAAAGUGAGAGAGAGAGCGAGGAGUUGAGCCCAGCCCCUCACCCCCUCGCUGUAUCUCUGGCCUUUCCAAGGAAAAACAAACCCUCACCUGUGAGAGACUGCAGCCAGCUGCUCCCCCUCCGUCUUGGCUACAUGUUUUGUCUCUCUUAAGUACCAUCGUUAUCAUUUCUUAGUCAACAGAUGGGAAAAAAAUCCCUGAGAAAAAAGGGAAAGAAAAAGGAAAAAUCCUAACCUCCAACAAGUGUAAUUCAGAGUAAAGAGCAUUCCUAAAUAUAGAGGAUGUAGCAGAAAAAUCAGUGAAUUGCAAACUCUGCUUCCAGUAUUGUUAGCUGUUCUACUCCAAGAUUAUAUCUAGUUAGCUCAAAUUAAAAAAAAAAAACAAAAACAACACAAAAA